AUGAUUUCUGUUACUCAAUUGCUGUCGCUGGCUGCUGCCUUCGGUGCAUUGUGCACUUCAGUAGGCGCAAAUGCAAUUCCUCUAUCGACUCGUCAAGAUACUAAUCACUGGGUCACAUCAUGGACUUCAAUGCCUCAAUUAGUUGAGCCCGAUAAUCUUCCUCCAUCACCCUUUAAAUCCGGCAACGCAGUCUUCAACGACGCCACCCUCCGCCAAACCCUCCACAUGUCCCUCGCCUUCGACCGCGUCCGCCUCCAAAUCUCCAACACCUUCGGCGGCACCGACCUAACCAUCACCGCCGCCUCCCUCGCCCUCCCGCGCACCGACAAAGCCGGCGUCAACAACAUCCACAUCGAAACCCUCAAACCCCUCACCUUCUCCAACGGCUCCCCUUCCAUCACCAUCCCAAAGGGCAAAACCGCCUACACCGACCCCCUGGAUUUCUACCACAUCGCUGCCCAAAGCACGCUUUCCGUGUCGCUGUAUCUGAAGAAUGGCCAGAGUGGCACGAGUAUCACGGGACACCCUGGGAGUCGCACGACGAGUUGGAUGGCGAGUGGGAAUAAGGUUAAUGAGACGGAUGUGACGGGGGCGAGUACUAAGCAUUGGUAUUUUGUUAGUGCGGUCGAGGCGUGGGUGCCGAGUAAUACUUCGGCGUUGGUGAUUCUUGGGGAUUCGAUUACGGAUGGGAGGGGGAGUACGGAUGAUGGGAAUAAUAGAUGGCCGGAUAUGUUGUUGGCGAGAAUGCCAGCAGCUGGUAUCACUAAUGUAGGUGUGGUUAAUCAAGCAGCGGGAGGCAAUGCUGUUCUUUCUGGCGGUUUGGGACCGACGCUUCUAAGCCGCUACACACGCGAUGGCAUCACACAACAAGGCGUGAAAUACCUCAUGAUCUUCGAAGGCGUAAAUGACAUCGGCGGUUCCUCAACCGACGCCUCAACCCAAUCCUCCAUCGGCGACCGUCUCAUCUCCGCAUUCAAACAAAUCACCAGCGACGCCCACAAAGCCGGGCUUAUCACCAUCGGCGCCACCAUCACGCCCUUCGGCGGCAGCGGCCAGAGCUAUAGUAACCCUGAGCGCGAGAAGACGAGGGUUAAGGUUAAUAAGUGGAUUUUGAAUUCGGGGGGCGCGUUUGAUAAGGUCGUGGAUUUUGCGGCGGCGGUGGGGAAUCCGGGGAAUGUUGCGCAGUUGGCGAAUAAGUAUGAUGGGGGUGAUCAUUUGCAUCCUAAUGUUGAUGGAUAUAUCACUAUGGCUAAUGCUUUUGAUAUGUCGAUCUUCAAGUAA